CCGAAUAUCAAACCUAAAAAACCCGAGACUUGCGUCUCUAUCAACAGAGUUUAUUAUCCCUCUGCUACUAUGCGCAAGCACUAAUCACCGAACUCUAUUACUACAAACUAAACCCUAAUCACCAAUGGUAUACCUGUGGUAGGAGACAUAGUGCGAAUCUCAAUCUUACGCAGACCAAAAAAGAUGGAAUACCAUUGGAAUCCAUCUCUGAUAUCAAGUGAUCAAGAUGAGAUGUUCGAGGAACCUGAUGUUGAGAAUUCUAUACAUUUUGGUGCACCAGCUCAUGCAUGGCGAUAUUAUGGUGCAACCGAUUGGUAUCAAGAGAGGACUAAAAUAUCUCAGAGUGUAGUCAAUUGUGAGUUUAGCGUAUGUUGUUCCAGAGGUCAGAGCUGUCAAGCAUUGGUUCGCUGGUGCCUCCAGAAGAUAAAGAACAGGGCUACAACCAGCUUUACAUGUCUGAUACGGAGUUGGCGCACGAAGCCUUGCAUAGGAAUAACAUAUUUUCAAACGGUGGAUGCAGGAGUUUGGAUUUUCAUAUUAUUGGCACUACAAAUUUUCUACAGAGAAUAUGUGUAACAAUUGGGGUGUAUGUGCUAAUGGCUGCGGCAACGGGAGCUGGUAUACUGAUUAGGUCCAAGAGAAGUGAUUGCUACAGGUUCUAAAGUAUGUUUGGUACCUUUCGGUUGUAUUUAUUUAUAUACAUGGGACACCAGAAUUUCGAACCAUGAACAAUUCGCAUGUGUAUCGUUUUUAUACAUGUCUGUUUCAAUGAUUUAGUUUAAUUA